AUGGCGAACAGGUCGAAAAUCAUCCGCGCUGCAAACGAGGCAUGUGCAUCGUCCGCCACCCUCUCCGAAUCGCUGCCAGCCCCCGACCCAAGCUCCAGCGCCCACUUUGCCAUCUGCACGUUCGCAGACAUCUCUGCGGCAGACCGCGCCGCGAUCUGGGCUCUGAUGUGCGAGAACAUGCGCGACAUAUACGUGCACUCGUCGUUCGGCUGGGACCCGCCAUCCAAGGAGGCAGAGCUGUUCCACCCGCUCUCGCGCUUCGUCCUCGUGCGCUCGCUCGGCGGCGACCGCGAGGGUGCGCCCGCAGCGCUUCUCGCGUUCGUGCACUUUCGCUUCGAGCGCGAGGAGGGGCAGAACGUCGUGUACUGCUACGAGAUCCAGGUGCGGACGGACGCCCGCCGCGCGGGAGUUGGGAAGAGGCUGAUGGCGGUCCUGGAGCGGGUGGGCCGGCGGUGGCGCAUGCAGAAGAUCAUGCUCACCGUGUUCAAAGUGAACUCGAGCGCACGGGGAUUUUACGCUGCUCUGGGUUUCGAGGUGGACGAGACGUCUCCGGAGUAUGUGGAUUCCGGCGAGGAGGAGGACGGAGAAGAUGAGGAUAGUGCAGAAAACUACGACUACGAGAUUCUGUCUAAACCUAUUCAAUAA